GGCUCGGUAGCCUGCCGGGGCUUCUAGGCUCUAGCAGCACCGAUGUAUGUCCGCGACGCUGGCGGAUCCGUAUCGAGACUAUGCCAUUGACUAUACUCAACAUGCCACCUGCAAGCCUGAGGAACAUGAAGGCACGCUCGUAUAUCAUUCCCAACAGCCACAUAUUCAGCACACGAAACAGACAGACACAUCUUUCACUUCCGGAAACUCGCACGGCGCAGCAUUCGAGCAGCACCAUGCGAAUGCGACCGUACUCCCAACGGCAACACCACAAACUGCAGUCCCUGAUAUUUCACAGGCAGUCGUCCUCAACCAAGCUCAGAUGCUCCCCCGUCAGCUUCCGGUGCAGUACGCGACUGCCAACUAUGACAUUGCGUCCUCUGUCCAGCGCGGCAAGAAACGGCCUCAUUCCGAAACUGACCCUGAGAGUGGUAACACAGACCAUGGAAUCAGACAGUUGCCAGUCCUCCCACCAGAUGCUCCUUCCGAACCAACCCAUUCUCCCGAAUUACUUUUCUCCGUACAUGGAGAAUCUGCGCAGCACCAUCACCCCAUGCAAACCCACGGGUUUGGGCCAACCGACCCAAUGUCCUUACCGCAACAUCAUCACCACCACCAUCUCCCGCCCCAUGCGUCGCUACGAACAGCCGAGCGCCAGGGUAUAAAUGUUGAGACCUCACCUCUGGCAUCUGGCCCACCGAGCGUCGUGGGUCAGCCGGGCAUGCCUGAUCCAGCGCCUCGACCGCGAGGGCCCAAACUCAAGUUUACCCCAGAGGAGGAUGCGUUGCUAGUCGAACUGAAAGAAAACAAAAAUUUGACUUGGAAGCAAAUAGCCGAUUUCUUUCCCGGCCGGACUAGCGGGACCUUGCAGGUCCGCUAUUGUACCAAACUUAAGGCAAAGGAUGUGGCCUGGAGUGACGAAAUGGUACAACGUCUACGGCGGGCUAUCCAAGAAUACGAAAAUGAUCGUUGGCGUAUAAUCGCUGGAAAGGUGGGUAAUGGAUUCACACCAGCAGCCUGUCGAGAAAAGGCAACACAGCUUUAA